GCCGCACGCAGCUGUGGAAAUGAGAUAAAACUGAGCGGCCACUUUAGGAAGCUCUCACUCACUGGUGCAGCCAGAACCCUCUGAAGCCCCAAAGUAAAAGCCUUUGGAGACUUGUCAUUGUGCUGGAUGGCAGCUGUAUUCUGCGUGCAAAGGGGGGAUCAACAGGUGGAGGCAAUGAAGAUUUGAUUUUUGCAGUUUGUGGAUUUUCUUUUAAAAACAGAACUAUAUUUUUUCCUUGAUUAUUUUUGAUUUGUCUCUCAAGCUUUACCUUUUACUAAAUACAGUUUUAGGAAGACGAUACCGAACUACAAAUUAAGAAGACUGGCACACCUCUUAAGAGACUAUGAAUGUGCUGUCAAACCCAGUGAUCAGGGCCCAGGAGCAGUCUCUAGCUCUCUGUGGACCCGGGUCUGUCCAGGAUUUACCCCACUGCCCUCCAGGGUUCAACCUGAGCUCUCGCCUAAAUCCUCCACCCAUGCUUGGCCUCCAGAGUGGCCAAAGAUCCACCAAACCUCAGAGAGAGCUGAGCCCAGAGGAACAGCAGGAGCUUAGGAGGAAGAUCAAUAGCAGGGAGAGGAAGCGGAUGCAGGACUUGAACAUCGCCAUGGAUGCCCUCAGGGAGGUCAUGGUGCCUUACGCUUCCUCGCCAUCUUCUGCUUCCACCUCUCAGUCUCACCAGCCCGGAGCUCCACCAGGCCGCCGGCUCUCAAAGAUCUCCACCCUGGUUCUGGCCAGGAACUACAUCUUACUCCUGGGUUCGUCUCUGCAGGAGAUGCGGCGGCUGUUGGGGGAGGUAAGCGUGGGGAUGGGGGUGAACACAGGACCGGUCCCCCGGCUGCUGCUCACUGGAGGGUGGCCCCUCAUCUCUGGCCCCAGUCAGCUCCUCCUCACCCAGGAGUCCCUCCUCAACUCAGCAGCAUCCUCCUCCUCUUCCUCCACUUCAUCGUCCUCUGCUGCUAAAUGUCCCCUGUUGUCGCCGGGCCCCAUGGAGGCCUCGCUGGCCCCUGUGCAGUGGAGCUCUGCAGGGGCCUCAGGAGGGCCCCUGUGCCCCUGUGGAGUCUGCAGACUGCCCAGAUUUAGCCACUCCACUCCGGCCCCAAGAUUCCCAAAGUGACACCUUAAAGUUGAAGAGGAUUUCCCAAGAACGGACUUGAUGACUGUUACAUGUAUGCAACAUGGUUUUUAUAUGAAUUGCUAUUUAACAUUUUUAACAUGUUUAUAAUAAUUUACUGCAAUUACUUACGAUUAUAGUUUGAUCUUCUUAAACACAAUGGAUCUAUGCUGUAGUUGGUAAUGAAGUAAAUCUAAUAAUCUCCUUUAUGUUUCAGAAAUAAGUUGCAUAUGUCACAAACAGAGAAACAACUUUGAUGAUUCUUGUAGAAAGUGUGAGGUGUAAUGGCUGUGUGUGUGGUGCAUUUGAUUGCAGUGUUUGAUUGUUGUGCUGCUGUGUGAAAGAUACCAAAUCAAGGACGCCUUUGAAUUAAAAAAAACAAUAUUUAAAACCUCUGAAAA